UUGAUCUUAUUCGUUUUCAGCAAAAAACUCUCUUUAUGUACAAUUAACGAUAGAAACCGGUCACGUGACUUCACUACAACUCCGCCCGCGUUCAUAUUUAGUGCACGCGGCGCGUGCAUGAGAAUACAGGACUUUAAAAAGAGUCCACAGAUGUGAGCCGGGCAGCGAAGAUGUCUCACAAAGAGACGGUGCAGGUGGUGCCUAUCUGGGAGCUUUCCAUCCCGCUGCCGGCGGUGCUGAUGAUCACGCUGGGCCUCUACAUGGUGGUCCUGGGGCUCGGGCUCUGGAUCCGGUCCUGCCUCAAGGACCGCUGCUCCCCGCAGUGCGCCGGCUGCUGUCCGGACGUCUCUCUGUACGAGCAGUGCUUCAGAUUUGCGGAAAUGUGCGACUGCCACCUGCCGACCGUCCGCUCGUGUCGGGCCGUCUCGUGCCCGUCUCCCUCGUGUGCUAAAUGUGACUGCGCCUGCACCUGUCAGCCUCCCGAGUGCGACACCUGCAACUGCCUCUGCUUCGAGAUCAGGAUAAAGUAGCUGAGGAUGGAGAGAGGUCACAGGAGAGGUGACGGAGGAGAGAGGAUGGAGAGAGGUCACAGGAGAGGUGAUGGAGGAGAGAGGAUGGAGAGAGGUCACAGGAGAGGUGACGGAGGAGAG